GCAGGGCUCGACGCCCGCCGUGCCCGGAGGCGGGAGCCCGCGGCCCGCUGCUCCCCUCGGCCGGCCCGGCAUGACGCUGCGGCGGCGCCCCGGAGGCGGCGGCGGGCGCUGGGUGCCGGCCGCCCUGGCCGCGCUCCUGGCCCUGCGAGGCAUGGUGUGUCCUCUGGAGGUGUCCGUCAGUUCAGGGAGUAUCCAAGUUGCCCGAGGCCAGACAGCAGUAUUGCCCUGCACCUUCACCACUAAUGCUGCUCUCACUAACCUUAAUGUCAUAUGGAUGGUCACUCCUCUUUCUAACGCCAACCAGCCUGAACAGGUUAUUCUCUACCAAGGAGGUCAGAUCUUUGGUGGUGCACCCCAGUUCUAUGGGCGAGUGGGGUUUGCUGUGACAAUGCCAACCACCAGUGCCUCCAUCUUCAUCAACAACACCCAGCUAUCGGACACUGGCACGUACCAGUGUUUGGUCAACAAUCUUCCUGAUCGAGGCAGCAGGAAUAUUGGAGUCAUCGGACUCACCGUCUUGGUUCCUCCUUCUGCCCCGCUUUGCAGAAUCCAAGGGUCCUUGGAAGUGGGCAGCGAUAUCACACUGACCUGCAGCUCAGAAGAAGGCAUCCCCCGGCCAACAUACCUCUGGGAGAAACUGGACAAUGUUCCCAAGUUGCCCCCGACUGCCACACAAGACCAAGUCCAGGGCACUGUCACUCUCCGAAAUAUCAGCACUGUGUCCUCAGGUCUUUACCAAUGCGUGGCUUCAAAUGCCAUUGGAACCAGCACUUGCCUUCUGGACCUGCAAGUCAUUGCACCCCACCCCUGGAGCAUCGGCCUGAUUGCUGGAGCAGUGGCCACAGGUGCUGUCGUGCUUAUUGUCUGCGUUGUGUUGGUGGCCAUAGCACUGUUUUACUGGAAAAAUAAACACAAAGAAGAAGAAGAAGAGGAGAUUCCCAAUGAGAUAAGAGAGGAUGACCUGCCACCCAAAUGCUCCUCCACCACCAAGACAUUCCACGCUGAUGCAUCCUCAUCGGAGAACGACACCCUCACUUCCUCCAACACCUACAACAGCCGCUAUUGGAAUGAUCCCAAGGCCAAUCAUGCCACAGACUCCUUCACCCGCUUUAACAACAGUAACGACGCCCGCCAGCCACCCUUCUCCCGCUCAGGGAGUACAAGCGCUCGUCCUGUCUAUGCCAAUGGCGGCCACCCCUCCCCGGCUGCCCCUAAGACGCUGGUGGUGACAGCCAGCACAGCACCAUCCCCACAGGAGGUGGCCCGGAGCAAUGGCUCAGUUAGCAGGAAGCCUCGGCUUCCGCACACCCGCUCCUAUGCUGUCAGCCAGGCCACGCUGGAGCGGAUUGGGGCAGUUCCUGUCAUGGUGCCCGCCCAGAGCCGGGCUGGCUCACUUGUGUAGGGGCACAGUGGCAGCUGAGAGCUGAGCAAGGGCCUCGUGUACCAGAGGAGCGAAGACAUGGCUGAGAGACCCUACUCCUUCCUGAAAGGCAGUGAGGCAGAGGUUGACCUCCCAAGACCACUGCCAAUCACUGGGACAGCUUCAGCCAUGCUGCAAUGCCCCCCAGCUGUCGGGGCUCCACCAUGGACACCACAGAUGUGCCAAGGCCACAGGGCAUUGGGUGCCCUCCCUGCCUGCUGGGCCCUGGCUGGGACCCCCUCCCAGCCUAGCCUCAGGGCUUUCGCUUUUGUUUCCAGUUUGUUUUGUUGGGGGUCAUUUCUGUUCAUUUGGGUCUUUCAGGGAGGUUUUGGGAAGAUAUAUAUAUAUAUAUUUUUCUGUUGUUGUUGCUGUUUUAUUUCUAAGAGGAAAACGACCAGUGUGCAGCAGGGAAGGCCAAAAGGGGAGGGGUGCCAGACAAGGUAUACCUUGUCAUGGAGGCUGUGACCCCCUCUUUGCCUGCCCAGCCCUGCUGUUGGAUGAAAAAGAUUGUUGGGAUGGGGACAGCCAUGAAGAGGCCGAGCUGGAGGGGCAAGUUGGCAGCACAGCUACCAGCCAAACUGGGGGUAAGGCUGGACAAGGACGUGGGCCAGGGAGUGUUUCUCUUUAUUUAUUUUUUUGCUGUUCUUCCCCUCAACUCUGACACAAACACACACACACACACACACACUCAUGCACGCACAGGUAUUCCUCAGGCUGGGUGUUUUUCAGCUGCUGUCAGAGCUCUGUUCAUGGCUGUGGAGAGUGCUGCUGUCUCAGCCUCUGUCCCUGAGCAGCUCUGUGCAAAGCAAAGCUGGUACAGGCCCUGUGGCUUUUAUUUGGUGUUGCUGGAGUUAUCCUGGAGGCAGAGUCCUGAGCAGAGCCUGCUGCACCUGGGCUGCUCUUAUGUGGGGUGAGGGGCUUUGGACCUCACAGCUCUGGUGUUUGCAUGGUGGGCUUUCCUUAUUGGGCUGCCUAGAGGGCUUCCCUGCACAGCAGGGCACGUGUUUGCUUGCGGCUCUCACACAGAGACACCAUAGUUUUUGUUCCCCUUCUCCCACACAUGUGAACUUCCCGGAUGCUGAGUUUGGCAGGGUUUAUUUCCAAAACCUUUUCCUUAGAAAGAGUGAAAGCAGGGACUCAGUGGAAGAUGUAACUCUGUGGAAGCCCAUGUGCUGUCGCUCUGCCUCCCCUACUUCCCGCACUGGUACUUAUGGCACCUGCUGAUGGCUCUGCCAUCUCCUUACAGCCAGGGGGUGACUGUGGCUGGCACCUGUCCUUUUACUUCUUCUAUUGCAACUAAAUAGCCUUAAUCAAAGCCAAGAGUUGAAAUCACUCAAGGGACCUGAUGCCGUUGGAGGGAUGGAUUAAGGGCUUGGAUUUUUCCUCCUGAAAGAGCCCUGGCUCAGCAGAGCCAUGCCUGGAUGGGUAUCCCCAAAGUCCUGUGUAACACCAAGCCUUGCAUUUGUAAAGGCAGUGGUUACCUCCAAAAGUACCGGAGACCUCCCAGAUCUGAUCUGCUCUUGGAAAAAGCAAUGUGAGUGUUCACAGGUACAUUUCUGUAGCUCUCACACUGAAAAAAGGGUCACUUUAAGCCAAGAGACUUCCUCAUCCCCUUUUCCUUAUCCCGGCACGGCUUUACUUUCCUUAGCAGUGCACAAACCUUGGGCAGGGCCUUCUGCCUGAGCUGUACCUUUCAAAUGCAAGCACAUGCUCUGAGAAGGAGGGGGGAGAGUUGAAAGUUGGGUUCUCACACAAACACACUUGCUUUUGGGGAGGUUGUGUGCUCCUGGGCAGCAGUAGGCUUGAAGCUUGGCUGAGAUUUUGUGCCUUCUUUGCUUAAAAUAAAGAAAAAAGAAAAAGAAAAAAAGAAAAAAAAAAAGAAAAAAAAAGAGAGAAAAAGAAAAAAAAACAACCAACAAAUCCCAGCCUCCCUUCCUUCCCUGUCCUACACAACUCCAUCCAAGAAUGAGUGCAGACCACUGUGGUGGCACAGACAGGGAGUUGCUGUGUGUGUACACACGUUCCAGAGGAGCAGUCCUCUUCCCUACCUCUCUUUGCUGCUGCAUAGUAGGACUGAUUAGGGAAAGAAGGGUUGCUUUUGAAACCCUAAUGUGGGAAGGGAAGAAAAAGCAUUCAAAGAAAAGCCCGUACACGUUCUCUCUGCUUUGGAAACAAUCCCUGUGUGACUUUUACAGGAACACUGCCCUCAGCAGGCCCUCUCCUCUAGUAGGAAAGCUCUUCUUGUUCCUACCUUCCAUCAGACUGUUCGCUCCUCUUUCUUUGUUCUUUCUAAUUGUAUAAAAUUCAAUAAAACUUUAUUCAUAUAAAAAAAGGACUUUUUACUGCUUGCUGCUGCUUCCCCUUUCCCCCCUGUUCCAUAGCUACAAUGAAUUUGACUGUUGGUACUCAUCCUCAAUAUGACCGUCAGUAAGCAGUGACCGUGCAACCAUGAACUUGGGACAGCCAGUUUGGUAGUGCACCCUGCUAUUAUAGCCCUGUUUUGCUCAUUCAUAAUAACAACACCUUGCCCUUGAAGGUACAAUUUCCCAGGCUUGCAAGAUCUCUGCUUCCCUAGACAAAGAUGAGUUCUGUUUUUUGCCAUUUAGGAAAUGGGGAUCCUUUGCGCUGCUUUGAGUGAUAUGGGAAAAUGUUUUUGUCACAUUUCGCUUUCCAGUCUGAGACAAGGCAUGUUCAACCCUGAUGCAAAAGUCUAUGGCGGUCACCAGGAAGGCCCUCUCUGACUUUCGUGGGCUUCUGAAUAGAUUUGAUGGGGGAAACUAUCAGGAGGUUAACUGAUGUUCUGAGCACCAUGGGUAGAGCAUUAUGCUUCCAGGGCAUAAGGGGACUGGGAAGCACAUACCUCUUGGUAUCAACAGCUGCUAGCAGAAAGUUAUGAGGCCAUUCUGAUGUUUUGCUAUUUUUUCUUCUAGGCAUUUUUUUUUCUUUCUCAUUUUCCUUUCUUCUCUAAACUCCUCCAGAUAGUCUGAGAAUGAUUAUUUAAACCAGAAAACUGCAGAUCCACCAGUGGUGUUAAUUCAGCCCUGCUGCCCUGCUGCACACAUAUCUUGCUCUCAUUCCAUGGUAUUUUUCAACACCUAAUUUAAAAUACUCCUUUGAAUGUAUUUUCAGCUGCCGGCUUUACAGUAGAUGAAAUGACUGCAUUGCCAUUAUGGGAAAGUUGCUGUAGGUAUCUUAAUGUUUGCAUUUUUCAUCUUUUGAUUGUGCAACCUUGAUGUGACAUUAAUAGUGCCUUUGCAUUUGAUUCCCAUGAUAGUCCUGUCAGUAUUCUGCUCUCCUAUCCAUUCCUUGCCACUGGCUUGCCCUUCACAUCAUUUUUUUUUUUUUCCUGUGCAUCUCCGUCUAUUGAUCUAUAGCAGAAUUUCCCAAGAUACAAGACAGUUUACUAUGUUUGUUCAGCACCUACUGUGCUGGUGUUUGAGCUGUAAGUUGUACCAAAUGAGGCAUUGCUGUAAUACAAAUUCCUAGCUAAAAAUAA